CUCAGUCUCAGUCCGUGUCUCAGUCCUCUACUGGAAGUGAAAGGAACAGAAUGAAGGCAGCCACAAUCUUGGUUCUAUCUUUGGUCUGUUUUCUCUGUUUAAUUUCAGAAGCCCAACCGGCUCCAACUCCUAGCGAUGAGAAACCUCUGACUUUCUGGGACAGAAUUUUUAAUAUUCCUAGGUCAGUGCUGAAGUCUACUAAAGAGGUUGUUAAUAGAAAUGGUGUGAAGUGCAAGGAGGGAGAGACUCCUGUAGAAGGUCCUGACGGUAAUAAGAUCUGCAAGAGCGAUGCUGAAGGAGGACUAGAUAUCGCACGGAGUGCCAUAGACUCUGUAAAUGACUUCUUAAAUGGAUAGAGAAUCGUAUUGUUGACUGAUAAGUUAUAAACAAAUACAGUGUUAAAUCAUAAUUUGUUGUUGUAUAAUGUUAAUAAAUUAUUUCUGAUUGUAAUUUUUUACUAAA